ACGACGGAUCAGCAAAAACGAGCUACAAAAGUGAAAUAAUUGAAAACGACGCGUAGUAGCGGAAAGAGUGCGCGCAAAAUGCGGCCCUCUUGGAUGUGGGUAACGCUAACCGUGGCGGUGGUUCUGCUUGCAACCACGCGCUCGAGUGCCGCCACCAAGUUGAACUAUCCGCGUGUUUUAUUGCCCAUAUUCGAUCACAUUUCCGUGAACUUCACGCUCGAGGUGGUCGAAAAAGGGUGCUUCAAGUGGACUUCGUCACGGUUGGACUUGAUCCAAAUAACACCCUCCUACGACGAUACCGACGAAGACUGUUCUUAUCGCGUUGUGGUCACGGUUAUCAACAAGGAAAAACGGAGAAAUACCGCCAUCGUACUGGCGGAAGAUCUAGUUACCGGCGAGGUACUCCGUUGCGACGUAAUCCUAGAUCUUAUCGACCAGCUGGGCGUACUGACGACGACCCGUGAACUCUACCUCGAGGAAGCACCGGAAACGUUCGAGCUGUGGGCUCAGGAUUCGCAGGGUAAUGCAUUCACCACGCUCGAAGGAAUUGAGUUCCAGUGGCAAAUCGCCUCCCAUCGGUCGGGCAGUGGGACACCGGGUGGUGAUAGCAGCUGGAGUCAGGUGUUACGGUUUCUCUCCUUUUCGGAAAGUAAAUUUCACGUCGUACCGCGGGCGAUCGAAAAACUCGAAUUGGCCGGCGUCCAAGGCUAUAUGGUGCUGCUCGAGGGCAUCAACACCGGCUCGGCAAGAGUAACCGCUAGACUUCUGCAUCCCGAAUACGCGCACGUGCAACCGGUAGACGUAAACAUUAUGGUGCUGGCCAACCUGAUCCUCAACCCGAGCGACGUGUACAUGCUGCCCGGUGAUACGAUCGAGUUUAAGGUACUACAACUGAAGCAAGGAAAGCUGCACGAAAUCUCCCUAAACAGCCAGUACUAUCUGGAGAUCGAGGACGGUUCGUACGCCAGCAUCACCGGAAAUGAGGCGAAGGGUUUGAAGCUGGGCAGAACGUUUGUGCUGUUGCGCGAUCGUAACGUCCCGCACGAUGCCAACUCGGCGAGCGAAGAGGCAAACUCGAAGGCAACCCUACCGAAGGCCUCCCUUACGGUGGUGGAUCCGAGGAAACUGACGAUAAAUUUGCUUCCGCACUACAACUGGAUCACGGUGGAGGGCGAGAACCAUGAAAUUGCGUUGAAUUUAUUCACCCACGACGAUCAUCAGAUAACGCUCGGUCCAAAGUACAAGAUCCAGUCGACGUUCGACGAAGCGCUGUUUUACCCGCUCCAGGUGACGGCCAAUGGUAGCAGCAUUUUCGGUGAAACUAUUGCCACCGGUAGCAGUCCCGUUACGGGCAAGUUCGAAAAGCUUUCGGCAAAGGCGGAAUUGGUUGUGUUCAAGCGGCUUGCCAUCAAUCCUCCGGAAGUCAUCCUUCCCUUCGAUCCCAAUCUUCGUCGGCAGAAACUUCAAUUCACCGCCACCGGGGGCGACGGUUCGUACAGCUGGUCGUCGCAGGAUGCAAACGUGGUGGCCAUAUCGCAAACGGGACUUGCCGAGGCGCGGCUCGAUCAGAUCAAGGGAGGAGCGGGUUACGACUCGACGACAGCCACCGAUGACAACGAACUCGCCAAGGUGACCCAGGUUCGGGUGGCGAUGGCACGAAACGUGCGUGUGUUUGUCACCGCGCAGGUGAUGUUCCUACCGCCGAUCAAGCUGGAAGCCGUCCGGUACAACUUUGAAACCUCCCUCAAGGAUUACGUGAAGCUGCACAUCGGCCUUUGGGCACAGCUUAACGGAACGAUGAAGCCUUUCACGUCAUGCGAGAACCUACACUUUGAGCUCGAGUUUAGCAAUCCUAUUUUCAUGCUGGAAAGUCCCCCCCUCUCGAGUGGCGAAGCGGAGGAAACGUUGGCAAGUGGAGCCUGCAGGGUGUUGUACCUCAAGUCUACGAUGAUCGGACAGACGCAGCUCAAGAUCAGCUACCGGUACUUCGAUAAGUUGCUUACCGAUCAGGUCAAUCUGAACGUGUUUGAGAAGCUGGCGAUUGAAAAUCCGCUCGAGAAUGUGGUGGUGCUGCCACUCGGGGCCUCACGGAACCUGUUCUACUUCAAUGGUCCGGAGCGAAUCUACAACUCGGAGGCGGAACUGCAGCGACAACUCGUGUACGAUCGCAAAGCGCUCGACGUAACCGAGGUGGGCAGUGGGUUUGCGAAGGACAAACACAUCUUCCGGGUGCUCUGUAAGAAGUUGGGUGACUUCGAGUUAAAGCUAGCGGUGUACAACACGCUCAACAUGCCGAACGUGGUCCCGUACGUGACGGAGUUCCUAACGAUGGUACACUGCGUGAAGCCACGGUUCGUAAAUCUCAUCACCACCGACAAGGUGAAGACGGGCUGUCCACUGGAGCGGCGCCACUCGAUGAUGCACGUAAAGACGGCGGACGCCAGCGAGCACAUGCUGAUCGACAUCGAGGUGCUGGAUGUGCACAAUCGGAAGCUGGCAAAUAUAUCCUCGUUGCUGCUGGAGUGGAAGUUUUUCUCGAUGCCAGAUCAACAACCGUCGAGCGGCGGAUCAUCGGCAAUGGUGGAGGCUAAUGAGGCGGCUCUUUCUUUGGCAUUCGAACAAAAGACGGAGGUUGACCAUCUGGAAGGGUUGGAAAUACCUGGCCGUGAUUAUUUGCUGCUAAAUCUCCCCCGAGAGCUUGAGGCGAGCCUAAAGGUGAAGACGAUUGUGACGGACUACCGGGCGGAAGUGCUGAAACGGCACUCGAUCAAACCGGAAAGUCCUCCGUUCGGUGUGCAAAAGCAACCGGGUUCGGCACUGGUAAAGCCGGUGAUCGAAAAUGAGCUCAACUUUGUGUCCGUCAACCGUACACUGCUGCCGUACGAUCGGCUAACGAUCUUCCUCACCGCGGACACGGUCGAGCGCAUCAAGGUCGCCCAGGGUAGCGGUUUCUAUGACAUCAAAGCAUCGGAGGCAGGCAUCGUGACAGUAAAGUUCGACGGCGCCACACGCCAGCUACUCAUCAGCCCACGGAAGGUCGGAGAGGUGAAGCUGGAGGUCAGCGAUCAGUGCCUCAGCACCGAGACGAGCUUCCUGUACGUGUCGGUGGUGACGGUCGGGCGUGUUACAAUCCUCGCCCCGGAUCGGGUAGAGAAAACGAAGUCGAUCGAGGCGAUCGCACGCCUUUACGAUAGCAAUGAUCGGUUGCUGGACAUCAAGCGCGAUCAGCUGGAGCUGUACGUCUUGCGCACGGAAGUGUUCAACCCGGCCGUGCUGAGUCUUGCACUCGCCAAUCAAGCGAACCUGGGCGUCGGAGAGGUACGGUACACGGCCACCGGUAUGGAGCUGGGUGAGACGAAGUUUAGUAUCAGCUCUGGAAGUGGCAAGGAGAUGGUCACGAGUGCUCCGGCGACGGUGCAAGUGUUUCCACCACUGAUGCUUUUGCCACGGAACGCGACGAUCGUCGUUGGAAGUACGCUGCAGAUCUACUCAAAGGGUGGCCCCACGCCGGACACGAACAUUGUCUAUAGUGUACAGAGCUUGGAUGUUAUUGACAUCGAAUCCGGAGUUGCGACGGGAUUGAAGAUUGGCCGCUCGAAGGUGACGGGUCGGUGCGUUGGCGUCAAUCCGAGUACCGGUGCGCAAUUUGUGUUCUCCGAGGAUACCAUCCACAUCAACGUUAUUCCACUGGACGUAAUCGAGUUGAAGACGCCCUUGCGACGCAUCCAGGUCGGUGCUACGAUGCCAGCCCACCUGUGGGCCGUCCCGGGUGUAUCGCCGCUCGUUCUCGGCACGGUAGAGGGUGUAAAGAUCCGCUGGUCAACCGACCACACUGACGUGCUGGACGUUCGCGGAGUGUUUCAGGACAUUGGCGUGGAGUACCUGGAGCGGGAUGCGAUUGCGGUGCGCGUCAAGGCCCUCGCCCCCGGUAAGGCCACACUGCACGUUACGCUGGUAACGGCCGAAGGUCGAACGUUGACCGCACGAUCGGACAUAACUGUGUUCCGCCUGCUGGAGUUGAUGUCCCCGAAAGCCAUCCGGUAUGAUUCCAUUCUUAUACCACCGAAAUCGGCGAUCCAGCUCAAGGCCAAUCUGGAUGACGCUGUCUAUCAGCUAGAUAGUGACGCUUCAACCGGAGUUGUGCAGGUCACCCGGGAAGGGUUGGUACGGAGCAGUGAGUCAACCGGCCGGGUGCAAGUGGUAGCGUCCUCGCAGGAUCAAUCGCUCACCGUUCCGGUGGAGGUGAAGAACGUCCACUACAUCAUGGUUUCGUUGCAACCGGGUACGGUCAUGUUGCGGCAGGUUGAGCACAGUGUCCCGCAAGGGUUCACCCUCACGCUGAAGGUGUCGCUCCAUGACGCCCUCGGGAACGAGUUCUCUCACGGCCUGGAGGAUGUGUCCGCGCUUCGUCACAAACUUUCCAAGCGGGGCAACGUGUUGAUCAGCACGGGUGGAAACUAUACCAUGGGAUUGGAGUUGAUUCGCGAAACGUCCGACAUGCUGGUGGUGGCGCUGCGCGAUCAAACCGGCGUGAAGUUCGGCGAGGACUUCGUCAAGCUGGUUGUGGGCGAACCGGGCGGUAUGGUGUUCCCGGGCAAGAGUGUUUUCUCCGUCGGGGACGUCGUGUGCUUCGAUUCGCCGCUGCUCAGCUCCGAGGUGCGCUGGAGCAGCUCGGACGAGAAGCUGGUAAAGAUCGACCCGAAGAGUGGCGUGGCGCAGAUACUGGCUGCCAGAGACGUCGCCGGAGGUAGCGUGGGUCCGGGUGCGGAGGAAAAGGUGACGAUCAGUCAUGGUGUACGGCGGCACGGUGGAAUUUCGUUCGCCAUCGAUGUACUGGCGGCCGAUCGGAUCGAAUUUUUCAAGAGCUACGACAUCUUCAACGGACAAUCGUACCGGGGACAUUUGGUGAUCAAAAACCACCAGCAGGUGGAUAAGCUGACGAAUGUGAUCGCGCUGAAUGCAUCCACGUGCCAGGAGCAGGUCGAGCGCUCCUUUAUGGGUCUCUUCACCUGUCGGUUGCUCGCUAAGCAGGUCGGAACAGCGGAGCUAUUGCGGCACUUCAAGACCUACGCUGGGUACGACGCGUCCAUCGGUGCGUAUAGCUGCAACAUUGAUCUCCUCACCACCAUCGAUGAUGUUGCGAAUGCGAUCAAAUCGAACGAGUACAACCUGGAGCUUGAGGUGCGCUUGAAUGGAGGCAACGGUGGCAGCACCUCAUCCUCCUCAUCGUCCGGACUCGUCGAUACUUCGACGCUGAAAAUUGUCCCCGCGGUACGCAUCGAACCGGAAGCCAUCUCCGUCGAUCAGAUCGGCAAGCAAACCGUCACGAUUGCCGGCUUGGACAAGGUGCUACAGAAGGUGGAGGUAACAUCGUCCAAUGGAGCGGCGCUGGCCAUUCGGCUGCAGGAGAAGCAACCCGGUUCGCUCGAGUACCGGCUGGAGCUGCUCGACACGUACCGGGAGGAGUGGGCCGACUCAUUGGCCGUCAUUGUGUCCUCCCCGCUCACCAUGCAGAAUGUGAGGAUACCUAUCCACUCGCCGAUGGUUCCACGGAAAUGUGGCACGCAACCCUUCCACAGUACGCCCGAUCUACUGCUGAGCUACGUGAGCAACUUCGGUUUGGUUAUAUCGGCCGUCACAGUUCUAGCAGCUACGGUUUGGGUGGUCGUGUUUUGCUUCCCGCAGCAGCGACAGCCGCAUUCAGCUAAUGGAAGUGUGCCGUCACCGUUUAAAAAUGAGCACAAUUUAUCAUCCUAUGAUAAUAGGAUAAGCAGCAGUCCAUUUGCUAGUCCAUUAGGAGAGCGCGGCAGUAAUCUGCAGCCAUCGUCACCGUUCGCCGGCAGCAGCCAGCACAGUUUCGGUGGAUCGCAAGGCAAUCUAAGUCACGAUUUCAACUCGAGCGGAGGCUCACUCGGUUCACCCAUCUACGGCGAUGCGACAAUCGUUUCGCCACAGAAACGAGUCAAUAGACGUUACCUGUAAAUACCUCGACGAAGUACGGUUUAGAAUGGACGGGCGUCAAGGGAAGCGCCCUAAAGGAACUGAAUGUAGUAAUAGAUUGUAACCGUAGGCAGCCUUCGCAAGACGAUGAGAUUUUCAUAACUGAACGCAGAACGUAAAUGGAAAGGUCAAAACCUUUCCCCCACCACCGGGGGGUUUUUUGUUCGUUUUUUCAAACUAGACCAUAUGAACUUGUAGAUGAACUAUUGCAUGCAUCUUAAGAUAAGUAGGAUUUUUAUUUUUCUCUUUCUCUCUACGAGUGUGUUUUGAAAAAAACCGGAAUAUUCUUUGACAGGGUCUCGAUUUAUAUGGGUCACUUUAUACUUAGUUCACUUAGAAGUAGUUUAUCUUGUUUUUCCCUCCCUUCCAUUUUUGCAAAUAUGUUUUUCUGCCUUAAUCGCUUUAGUGACAUGAACUCUCAAUCAGGACAAAAACAUGUUCGAAUGAUUUAUUUUCACUUCAUAAAAUACGGCCUCUCCUCCCCCCGUGAGGAAUGCCGAGAAACUUUAUUCUGUAUGAACUUAGUUUGCAAAGUCUGAAUCCUGCUUUGUUUUCUUCUUUCCCCACUUAAGUACUGUUUUUCUUACCCUAAACUGACUUAUUGCCCCUUCUGUUUCUACGCUGUGACGAACCAGUGUUGUAACGGGCAGUUGUUUUUUUAGCCUUAAUUCACUUUUCUUAGACGUAUUUAUCGUUUCCGUUGCGAAGAAAAUCUCUACUCGCCUGUUUUCUCGGUGCUCCUCGAGUUUUCCGGUUAGAUUCUAUUUGCAUUUGAAUUUGAUUUUGUAAGGAGGGUUUAUUUUGUUUUUGCUUUGUUCUGCUCCCGGACGUCGCCCG